AUGACGAGUCGCCUCGCAUCCCUCCGCAUUGCCAAACCUGCCAUUAUGUCUGCCAUCGUCGGGGAUUGUGCUCAUCUUCGCCCGCGGCGAUUUGCCCCGCUUGAUGCCGAAAAGGCGUCUGACGCCCCAGUGCUGAAGGGGAUUGUCUUUGAUGUGGACGGGACUUUGUGUCUACCACAACACCACAUGUUCACCGAAAUGAGAGACGCCCUCGGCAUCGACAAAUCAAUCGACAUCCUGCAUCACAUCCGCGAUCUUCCCACACCGGAAGACCGCGCCGCGGCCGUCGCCAAGGUCCAAGCCGUUGAAAGACGCGCCAUGCUCGAGCAACAGCCUCAACCAGGCCUCGCCAAGCUAAUGGAUUACCUGAAAUCCCGCGGACUGCGACGAGCACUCUGUACGCGUAAUUUCGAAGCCCCAGUCCACUAUCUCAUCCAGAAUCACCUCCCCAGCCACAUCUUCCUACCCAUCAUCACUCGCGAUACACCCAACCUGCUUCCGAAGCCCGAUCCAGCGGGUAUUUUGCACAUUGCCCGUGAAUGGGGGUUGACUAAUCGCGCGGAGAAUUUGAUCAUGGUUGGAGAUAGCAUUGACGAUAUGACAUCCGGACAUGCGGCCGGGGCGGCAACGGUGUUGCUGGUGAAUGAGCGGAAUAGUCAUCUGCGCGAGCAUGCGCAUACGGAUCUUUGCAUUACUCGGUUGGACGAGUUGAUUGAUAUUCUGGAGGGGGGAUUCCUUGGUAGGGAGGGGCAGGAUGUACAUGAGCCAUGA